AUGAUACGGUUUUUUGCAACGUCCUGAUUCACACCUUCCUCGAGCACCACAAAUGCCUUGGGUACCUGGCCACAUUUUGGGUGUUCGGUACCGAUCACUGCCACUUCUCGAACCCAAGGAUCCGUUAGAAUAACGUCCUCCAAUUCAGAAGGUGAAACUUGCAUUCCGUUGACUUUUAUGAGAUCCUUUACUCGAUCGACAACAUAGUAGUAACCAUCCUCAUCGUAAUAUAGUAUGUCUCCAGUUUUGAGCCAUCCAUGUAGUAUCCACUCAUUACCGUUGGCGAUUUCAGAAACAGCUCACCUGGACAAUUAGGGCAGUGAAUGACGUCUCCACUUUCGUCUCUCAACUCAGCUUCGAAUCCUGGCAACAACUUGCCGCAGCUACCAAGAUGCUUCUCAUCAAUGAGACCAAGCGGGGUGAUGUGACUCAAAACCACGAUUUCUGUCAUACCGUAUCCUUGAAUCAAGUUCUGGACUGAAGGGAAUUUCUCAAGAAAGCAGCUACAGAGUUCUUUUCCCAACGGGCUCGAUCCACAAAGGACUGUGCGAACGGAAGACAAAUCAUAGCCGUCAGUCUUCAUACGACACAAAAAUGACAGAAUUGAUGGCACGACGUUAAGAGUAUCUACCUUUAGUGUUUGCAGGAUCCCUUGGAUUCUCGCAAAAUUCCCUUCUGUGCAUACAACAGCAACAGCUCCACUCUGGUUGGCAUAAUAGCGAAUUUCAUCUUUUCUCAAGCCAUUCGAGUCUAAUAAUGUAGCGAAUCGAAAUGAAAGUUCAUAGAUCUCACGGAAGCUGACAUCGCCAUCGUCGUCGGUCAAAGCAACAGCCUCUCCAUACUGGACAGCUCUUUCCAGGAUCUGCAAAUGAAACGGCGUCAAAGGAUAGUCGACCAUCAAAAUCAGACCACGAUGGACAUCGUCAACAAGGACAAUUUGCAGAGCGGCCAGAAAUUGGCUACAAUCUUUGGCAAGGCAACCCUGACAUCAUCAGGAAUUGGUCAAGAUCUAGUGAGAAUCAAAGGGCGUUGCUAAGAACUCUAAGGAUGGAGGAAGGGACAUGGAGUUACCGUAACGAAUGUAGGCCUGGCAGGCUAAGAAUUGAAAGAUCCGGAACAAAAAUUCUUAGCUUAUGUCUAUACUACUCUAAUAUACCAAGCCAUCACUACCGUGUUCACCACGCAAUCCUAAGCAGUGCCCACCCUGAACGAAUGACUCAAUCCGCUAUUGAAAAUAUAAACUCAACGGAAAUCUCAACGGAAAUCGAAUGGUCUGCUAACCAUGCCUUUUUAGAGAAAUCACUUCAACUCUAG